CCCUCCAGCGCAAAUCUCUAAGCAUGCGCUGUGCGUCGCUGCUGUGACUGCAGUUUUUUUUUUUGUUUGUUUUUUUUCCCUCCGUCACUCUUGAUGUGGUGUUUUUUGUCGCUGUUGUCAUUUGAUAAUGUCGCGUGCUUGCGAGGACAGACCUCUCCUGAAGCGUAACGUGUGACAAGGGGAGACCUCGAAGAACGGGCAUGGCCAUAGAAGCGACUCGUCAUCACCGAGCUGGCGAGCUGCGGUUCGGGGCUCAAUUUUUAUUGAAGCUGAACGACCGAAUUUGUGCCUUCGGACGUUGCCGACUCGCCAAGCUAAGAUAACUGGCUCCAGCGGAGCCCCACCCGGGGGAGAAUAUCUGGCAUGAACCGCUGGAUGUAGAAGACAACUCCCUUACCUGGAUUGCCUUUAUCCGUGACAAACAUCGCCACCAUGGCUGACCAAAACCAUUACUGGACGGUGCUACCGAGCUACAAAACUAGUUUUGUUACCGGGGCCAUGAUGAAAAGAACCAAAGGUGCCCGUAACAACAAGAGAAGGAGUUUGGCGGUCGGGACCCCUUCGCCCACGCUCUCACGACCGCUUUCACCUCUCCCACUUGCCACAGCUGGCAGCAGUCCUUCAGAAAGCCCCAGAAAUGUCUCUGCCAGCGGCUCUUCUAACUUCCAGUUUGCCCGGAGCCAUCUGGUCCGUACUGAGAGCAGAGGAGAUGGCCGAAGAUGGUCUGUGGCAUCAGUUCCCUCCUCUGGAUACUGCACCAAUGCACCCAGUUCAUCAGUAUCUUCGUCCUCUUCCCAGGAGCUCUUGCAUCAGCUGCCGCUCCAGCCAACACAAGAUGAUCUCCACUUCCUGUUUAAACAUUUCCGGAGCACAGAAAGUGUGGCAGAUGAAGAAGGACUACACACUUCUCCCCCUGUCAGGCUCCGCUCGCGCAGUCUCAGCCCUGGACGGACCAGUGGAACAUUUGACAAUGAGAUUGUCAUGAUGAAUCAUGUUUAUAAAGAACGCUUUCCCAAGGCAACAGUGCAGAUGGAGGGUCGACUUCUAGACAUUAUUGAAGAGUGUUCACCUGGAACCGCUCUUCCCCUGGCCGAUGGUGUGCUCGGGUUCAUCCAGCACCAGCUGGUGGAACUGGUGCGAGACUGCCUGGACAAGUCUCAGAAAGGCUUGGUCACCUCUCGGUACUUUGUGGAGCUGCAGGAGAAGCUAGAGAAGCUUCUGCAUGAGGCUUAUGAGCGUUCAGAGAGUGAGGAAGUGACCACCAUUACUAAACUCGUGAAGAAGAUCCUCAUCAUCAUCUCCAGGCCUGCCAGGCUCCUGGAAUGUCUGGAGUUUGAUCCAGAGGAGUUCUACCAGCGUUUGGAGACUGCAGAAGGUCAAGCCAAGGUGAGCCAGGGGAUCAAGACGGAUAUUCCUCGAUACAUCGUCGGUCAACUCGGCCUCACCAGGGAUCCUCUUGAAGAGAUGGUCCAAUUGGAACAAACAAGCCCAGGGCACAGGUCUGCCAGCAGAGAGUCUGAUGAGUCCGGAGAGGCAACGCCAAGCCAGAGCCGUGCAGUUUGCACUCCCCCGCGUAGAAAACCACUGGAGAGUGACUUCGAAACGAUCAAGCUAAUCAGCAAUGGCGCCUAUGGAGCUGUAUUUCUAGUCCGUCACAGGGAAACCCGACAACGCUUUGCCAUGAAGAAGAUCAACCGGCAGAACCUGAUUUUGAGAAACCAGAUCCAGCAGGUGUUUGUGGAGCGGGACAUCCUGACUUUUGCUGAAAACCCAUUUGUGGUUUCCAUGUUUUGCUCUUUUGAAACACGGAGACACCUCUGCAUGGUCAUGGAAUAUGUAGAAGGUGGGGAUUGUGCCAAUCUAUUAAAGAACAUCGGCCCUCUGCCUGUGGACAUGGCACGCAUGUAUUUUGCAGAAACCGUCCUGGCUUUAGAGUACCUACAUAACUACGGCAUUGUACACAGAGACCUCAAACCUGACAAUUUGUUAAUCACCUCAAUGGGACACAUUAAGCUUACAGACUUUGGACUGUCAAAGAUCGGCCUCAUGAACAUGACAACCAAUUUGUAUGAAGGUCACAUUGAGAAGGACACAAGAGAGUUCAUCGACAAGCAGGUGUGUGGUACCCCCGAGUACAUUGCUCCAGAGGUGAUCCUGCGGCAAGGCUACGGGAAGCCUGUCGACUGGUGGGCUAUGGGCAUUAUCCUUUAUGAGUUCCUUGUGGGCUGUGUGCCUUUCUUUGGAGACACACCUGAACAGCUUUUUGGUCAGGUGGUUAAUGAUGACAUCAUCUGGCCUGAGGGAGAUGAUGCUCUGCCAGCUGACGCCCAAGAACUUAUCACCAGACUACUUCGCCAGAGUCCGCUGGAGCGUUUGGGAACGGGUGGAACUCCGGAGGUGAAGAUGCACAUAUUCUUCCUGGGCCUUGACUGGAAUGGUCUCCUGAGGCAAAAAGCCGAGUUCAUACCACAACUGGAGACUGACGAAGACACCAGUUAUUUUGACACCCGAUCCGAGCGAUACUCUCACCUAGGCUCUGAUGACGACGAUGAAACUAACGACGAUGAAUCCUCUCUUGAAUUGCGACAGUUUUCCUCUGUUGCCCAUCGCUUCAGCAAGGUGUACAGCAGCACAGAGCACUUGUCCACCUCUACACCGUCCAACCAGAGCUUGUCGUCUUCAGAGCGGAGCCAUAGCGAAGAGAAGGAUGAGCGGUGGGAGGGCAGAGGCGCCUUUUCCCCUGGUGACGGACAGAAGAACCUGGCUAGCGGAGACAGAGCAGACGGACUCAGAGGGAGUUUGCGUCCUCGUGCUUCUUCCGGUUCCUCCCAGUCAGAGCGCACUGCUAGGCCGUUGGUAUUAAACAGCACUCAGAGCCUUGACAUGAUGCCUCGCUUUGCCAUCUCUGCUGAGGAGGAGGAUGGUAUGGUCUCCAAUCUGCGGCGAAUUCGUCUCCGCAGCAACAGCACAGGCACCAGGCCGUCAUUCCGCAGAGGCGCGUCCAGACGCAUUGCCCACCAACUGGACACCCCAGAAAAACCGAGGCCGCCAGCUGGAAAAGUCCCCAAGUCUGCCUCAGUCUCUGGACUCUCACUCAUUAUUACCCCAGAUGACUCAGCGGUUCCUCCUUCCAGCCCCAAGUCCUCUCUAUCAUUCUCGUCCAACCCCUCAUCCAGAGACUCGUCCCCCAGUCGGGAUCUUUCCAUCAACAUCAGCUGCCUCAGGCCUCCAGUGGUCAUCCACAGCUCUGGGAAGAGGUUUGGCUUUGCUUUACGAGCGAUCAGAGUCUACAUGGGGGACAGCGAUGUCUACACAGUUCACCACAUGGUCUGGUGUGUGGAGGAGGGCAGCCCGGCGCACGAGGCCGGUUUGAGAGCUGGUGACCUCAUUACUCACGUCAAUGGGGAGUCUGUACAGGGUCUUGUCCACACUGAGGUGGUAGAGCUUCUGCUGAAGAGUGGCAACCAGGUGACCCUCCAGACCACUGCUUUAGAAAACACAUCUAUCAAAGUGGGCCCUGCUAGAAAGACGAGUUAUAAGGCAAAGAUGGCUCGACGCAGCAAGAAAAGCAAGAGGAGAGAUGGGCAGGACAGCCGACGGCGUAACAUCUUGAAGAAGCUGUCCAAACAUACGCCCCCUGCACCUAUGCAAAGCAGUCGUAGCUUCUCUUCCGGAUUCCACCAGUCAUCCAGCGACAGCCUCUCUGGCUCCCCCACUCAGUCUCUCUCCCCCGGCCCGUCCACUCCCUGCCACUCCCCUGCUCCUGACCACUCUGGAGAUUCAAGUUCCUCGCCCUGCUCCAGUUCCCCGAACUCACCAGUACCUCAGGCUCGUCCCAGCUCCCUUCAUGUCCUAGGCCGCUACACAAAGGCUGGUCGCUGCAAGUCGACUAGCAGUAUCCCACCGUCCCCGCUGGCCUGCAUCCCACCUCCCCAGCCUCUGUCUCCUCAGUGCUCCCCCUCCUGCCUUCCCAGCCACGCAAAGUCUUUACAGGGUUUUCACGGUAAAACACUGUCCCCUCCCACGAUCGCCCGCCAUUCCAUGCGUCCGCACAGUGCUGAGCCGCCGCGCUCGCCUCUCCUCAAGAGAGUCCAGUCAGCCGAGAAGCUGACUGGUGACAAAGCAACAGGCGGGUAUCAUUGUGAGAGGAAAGCCUACAGCGCCCGCCGCCAUACUAUGGAGGUGCCGCUGUCUGAGAGCGAAGACGUGGAGGAAGACACCGCGACCGGGUUCGUCUGCGUGGGCGAACAUGGCCGUCAGGGGCUGUACCUCGGGGGCCAAAGAGGCCACCAGGACAUUAGCGGAGGAGGCAACGAGCACCACCGCUCUGCUGCCUUGCCACAACAUCGCAGCAGUAACCACCACUCCUCCGAGGUGGUGGUGAUGAGGAAGCUGGCUCUGUCCGAGCGCCGGGACUCCUUCAAGAAGCAGGAGGCUGUGCAGGAAGUGAGCUUUGACAAUUUGGACGAGAGGGAGGCCACUCUUCCGGUCACUCGUCCCAAGACAUUCAAGGCGUCGUGGGUCAGCUCGGCUCAGUCGGACUCCAAGCUGAAGGUGGAAGGAAAAGCAACACAGGAUAUGGGAGUGCAGCAGAAAGCCAAGUUUAAAGAUAAAGAACGGUUUUAGAUUUCGUCGCCUCACAAAGGAUCUAAUUUAAUGACCAGUUUCUCCUGGGAAUGUCUGACUUGCCGCUGUGUACUACUCACAAACAUUUUGGGAUAUUGGACACUUGGGUGAAUUUUCAGGAUGACCCUAAAAUGCACUCGAAUUAACACAGUUGAUCAUAAUUUGACUGUCUCUAAAAUUUUGAAUGCACAUUUCCGGUGUUUCAGUACUUUUUGGAGAACUUGCGAUUUUCUAACACAGAGCUGAAUGGAACAGGUUGUGAGCCAACCAAUCCAUAUCGAAGGUGAGAUGCUUCCACUCCCUGUAUUUGCUUACACUCUGUAUUUCUGCCGACACUCAAAUGGGUGCAUCACUUCUGCAUUCGAUGUAAGGUGGCAUGUUAGCCUUCCGUCAGCAUGUGAACUCAUAGUGACAACAUGUGAAAACUGAGUUGAGGCUGACCAUAGCGGCACACCUGUCACCCUAAAUAUGAAU